AUAUGCAUGCCCUUAUACCGCUUAACUCUGGGUCUACCUUCAAGACACUGGGCUGUGGAUCAACCGAACCAACACUUCUCUUCCAAGAAUCAUUUUGACAGGUUCUGUUAGAGGAACUCCUCCUUUUUUUUUUUUUUUAACCCAUCCUUUUAAACAAAAUGGCACCAAAGAAAGACGUGAAGAAGCCUGCUGCUGCUGCCCCAGCCCCUGCCCCAGCACCUGCACCUGCCCCAGCCAAGCCCAAAGAAGAAAAAAUUGACCUCUCUGCCAUCAAGAUCGAGUUCUCUAAGGAACAGCAGGAUGAAUUCAAGGAGGCAUUUCUCCUGUUUGACAGAACAGGUGAAAGCAAGAUCACCUUAAGCCAGGUUGGCGAUGUCCUUCGAGCUCUGGGCACAAACCCGACCAAUGCAGAGGUGAAGAAGGUUCUAGGAAAUCCUAGCAAUGAAGAGAUGAAUGCCAAGAAGAUUGAAUUUGAACAGUUUCUCCCCAUGCUGCAAGCUAUUUCCAACAACAAGGACCAGGGCAGCUAUGAAGACUUUGUUGAGGGUCUGCGCGUCUUUGACAAGGAAGGCAAUGGCACAGUCAUGGGUGCUGAACUCCGCCAUGUUCUGGCCACCCUGGGUGAAAAGAUGAAGGAGGAGGAAGUAGAAACUCUGCUGGCAGGUCAAGAAGACUCCAAUGGUUGCAUCAACUAUGAAGCUUUUGUCAAGCACAUCAUGUCUAUCUAAAGGAGGUGUCCAGAACAAGCAUUAUGUAAGAAGACUGGCUGGAACCUUAUUUUAAUAAGAUCCAUGACUAACAAUCCAGAUUUGUUUACCAUCCUUCAGAAAAACAAUAUAAACGGGUCUAUUCUAGAUUGAAAAAUUGAAGGCUUCCCUGAAUUGCUAUAGAGCUGGAGCUUUUCUCUGAAUUGUAUUUCUACCACACAAACCAACCGGCUGCUGACAGAGAAUACAACACUGACGACCCCAGACCCAAGCUCUACUGCUCAUUAUCUACCUGAAGUCAAUGAACAUCUUUUAAAAAAAUCAAUCAAUAAAUAAUUUUGGUCA